UAUUUUGCUCUUUUUGGGUUUCUCCUUCUAUUUCGCUAUGUUUUCCAUUCCUGUCGGUUGUCUCUUUCAAAUGCAUUUUUCUUUUGUGUCUCUUUCCAAAUUCACCAUUUUUGUUUCUACAGAUUGAAAUUGCCACCAACCAGACAUUUGACGUUACAUUACAUUAUAAUAAGCUCAUAUGUCAUUCAAGAACGAUGAUGAAGAAGACAUAGCAAAGAUUGAGUCAGUGAAUGGUUGCAAUGGCUGGGAGAGACAGGGACGGGCUUGCAAUGGCCUCGCAGAGGCUCGUAGAGGCUGCCCUCAGUGGAAAUAUAGAGUACGUGAGAGAAAGUUUGAAGUUAAAAGCAAUAGAUGUUAAUUACAUAGGGACGGUGAGCUUGAGACUGAAUUGCAUUGAAACCGUGUUAAGGGAGAAUGAGGCUGAUGAGAUUGAGAUUGAGUACAGGGAUUUUGUCACUGAUGUCACUCCACUUUUUGCUGCUGCUCAUUCAGGUCACGUUGAUAUUGCCAGGAAACUGCUGUCAGCUGGAGCUGAUGUAAACCAGGAGUUAUUUCGAGGCUUUGCUGCUACAGCCGCUGCUCGUGAAGGUCACUGUGUCCUUCUUGAUAUGCUUCUCAAGGCAGGUACAUGUCGAUCAGCUUGCGAAGAUGCUUUACUUGAGGCUUGUCUAUGUGGCCAGGUUAAAGCUGCAGAAUUAUUGCUGCAUUCAGAUAUGGUAGGACCUGAUGUGGUAAAACAUGCACUUGUGUCUGUAAGCUGCAGAGGAUUUGUCGACGUUGCAAAAACCUUAAUCAAGAAUGGAGCAGACAUAAAUUGCACACAAAGGGUUCUAUUGCAUUCAUUGAAGCCUGUAUUGCAUGCUAAUGUUAACUGCACACCUUUGACAGCUGCUAUCGUGAGCCGGCAAGUUUCAAUGGUUAAAUAUUUGUUGGAGGCAGGUGCAAGAACAAAUUGCCUUGUUAGGCUGGGAGCUUGGUCAUGGGACAUCUUCUCAGGUGAGGAAUUGAGGGUGGGUGCAUGCUUAGGUGAGCCAUAUACUGAAGUUUGGUGUGCAGUUGAGUAUUAUGAAGCAAGUGGUCAAAUUUUGAACUUCUUUCUUCAAGAUCAAAACUUAUGUCUUGAAAGUCAACAAGAAGGCAGAACCCUUCUUUGCCAUGCGAUCCUUUGUCAGAAUCCUGAUGCUGUGGCUUUGCUUCUUACUGCUGGAGCUGAUGUUGAGUUUCGCAUGAGGACCAAGAAAGGUCAUGAAUCUCGCCCUCUUCAUUUGGCAGCUAGAAUGGGAUGUCUUCCCAUUUUAAAGCAAUUAAUCUUGCAUGGUUGCCAAAUUAAUUCAAGAACAGAAACUGGUGACACAGCAUUGAUGUUGGCUGCUAAAGCUGAUCAGGCUGAUUGCUUCCUUGAACUUAUGAUUUCUGGCGCUGAUAUGGGUCUGGUAAAUAAAAGUGGGGACAGUGCAAUACAAUUGGCAAAAAGAAGCGCGUUUGGAUCAUCUUUGGUUGGUAUCCUUCGUCGGGCUGUUAUCACUGGGUCAAAAGUUUGUUCAACCAAUCUUGAGGUGUUCUCUUUACUGCACUUUGUUGCUGGAUAUGGAAACGCACAACUUUUACAGAUGAUCCUUCAACGUUUGCAAGAUGAUAUAGAUAAGCUUGAUGGCUUUGGUUUUACACCCACAAUGAUUUCGGCAAAAGCUGGUCAUACUGAGGCCUUCAAACUCCUGAUUGAUUCUGGAGCUAACAUUAGCAUCAAAAGCAGGGACGGUCAAUCGGUAGUGUCUCUGCUGCAGCACCAUGACUAUGCUGGUAUCAGGAUUCGGUUUGAAGAGAUAUUGCUUGAUGCCGCACUUGGUCAUAGAUUGACAGGUUACUCUGAGUUCAAAGCUCUGCACUUCUCAGCACGUAUUGGCAAUUUGCCUGCCAUGGUUCGACUCUUGGAAAUGGGGUUCCCUAUAAAUUCUGUGGAUGAUAGUGGGCAUUCACCUCUCAUGAUUGCUGCUAAGGAAGGCCAUGCUGAUGCCUGCAUGCUCUUGUUGCAACGAGGUGCUGUUUGUGGGAUUGCCAAUUGCAGAGGAGAGACGGCAUUAUCUCUGGCUAGGAAAAGCAAUAAAUGUAAGGCUGCAGAAGCAGUGAUCUUUGAUUAUUUGGCUCGUUCUCAUGUGCUCUUAGGGGAGGAAUUAUGGAAGUACACCCGUGAUGGUAGAGGUUCACCACACAGAAGGGUUGUUCAGAUGCUCAAAUCUGGCUUAUUAACAUGGGGGAAGACAAGUAGGAGAAAUGUGGUGUGCAAGGAAGCAGUUGCAGGGCCAAGUGAACACUUUUUAAAGAAUCGAAAAAAGUAUAUUGAGAGUAGAAAUCGAAUAGUUUUUAGGGUGAUAACUGAGACACUGAGGGAGAUUCACUUUGAAGCAAGCUCGGCUAUAAAUUUGGAACUUUGGGUUCAUGGCAUUAACCUCAUCACGAAGGAGGCCGCUUCUGGUGUUUGGGGAUGAAACUUGUUAGAUAAAAGUAAGAUAAUUUGCAAGCAGUGUGAAAGACAGGAACUAGGGUUUUUUAUUUAUUUAUUUAUUUUUUGUGACUUUGUUGACAACAAUUCCCUCUGCUAUCUUAUGUUUUUGUUUUUGAAGCUAGAAUUUAGAUGUAUAGAUGUGAUCAUGGAAUGCAAAAUGAAAUACCAAGACUUCACUUUCUUGCUGAUCUUUGUGAAUGCUGCCAUUUAAGGUCAAGCAUGGUUUUUGAAUGGAAGGCAGUCAGAAAGGCCUUUUUGUGAAUCAAGUAGCUGUUGAUGCUGGCUGUUUUGGAAGAAGUAGCUAAGGUAGCUAUUGAACCUUAAAUAUAUGCAGUCCAUAUAACAAAUGGGGCAGAAUGGUACUAUUUCUGUAUUAGAAUUUGGAUAUCUGCUAGUGAAAUUUCUGGAAUUAGCAAGGAAACUGCAGGAGAAUGCAACCGAAGUGUGACUAGAACUUAGGAAUCUCUACACUUGUUCUAUCCUUGUGGACUCGUUUUACUGCAAUCUGUCAUAAUUGAUGUUAACCCCUAGAUUGAUUGUAAAUUUAAGAAUCUUGGGAUGAUCCUGGGGAGUGAAGAGGUGUAAUAAGCCCUGUAAUAAUAAAGAAGUUCUCAAUUGACAUUUAAAGGACAUCUGUAUGUAAUAACAUUUGUUGUUGAGGCAUGUAUAUUUGAUGAAGGUGCUUUUCUUGCCA